UGUUGCUGUCACACAAAUUGGGUUAGGAGAAGAAGAGUUAAUCAUCAUGGCUGCUUCCUCAGUACGGUGGCUAAAAAUAUUGUACGUUUUUUUAUUAAUAUGUCCCCUCUGUGUUCUAGCCUUCUUGAAUUUAGAGGAGCUGAAUGAGAUGAAAUAUGGGAUUCAAAUUCUUCCCGAUCCCGUUAUCUUGGGACAGACCAAGACAGAGGAGGUUAUGAUGGUGUGUAGUAAGUACAAGCAGCUGUAUGAAUGUCGACUUCCGGCCCAGGCUGUACGAUUUUAUCAAGAUUUUUCAUCUGACCCGGACUCACAAGGGUAUACAGGACCAGAUAUCCCAGAACUGCUCAGUCCAAUGCACAAAGCCCCGUGUCUAAUGAAGACAAAGGACUGGUGGACAUACGAAUUCUGUCAUGGUCAACAUAUCAGACAGUAUCAUCUUGAAGACACAGAAAUUAAGGGGGACAUUCUCUUUCUUGGUUAUUAUGAGUCUGAGUUUGAUUGGAACAAUGAAACAGCAAAGGCUUCCAAACAGCACAGGCUGAAGCGCUACCACAGUCAGACCUAUGUAAAUGGCUCUAAAUGUGACUUAAAUGGAAAUCCCAGAGAGACUGAAGUGCGGUUUGUGUGUGAAGAAGGCUCGGGGGACUACAUCGCCCGAGUGGAUGAGCCUCAGUCGUGCCGCUAUGUGCUGACAGUUCACACCAGUCGGACCUGCCAGCACCCAUUCCUGCGGCCACCUUCCACUGCCAAGCCCCAGGGUAUUGUGUGCCAGCCUGCGUUAAGUGCCCAGCAGUACAUGGACUAUGUGAAAGCUCAAGUGUCGGACACAAAGCGUAAAGUAGAGCAGAUCUCAGAGGAGCUGAGGAGUCUUGAUGAGAUGCUGGCUGGUAAUGAAGGGGCAGAUGGAGCAGUGGAAGGUACAGCAGAAGAAGCAUCACCUACACCGAGUGAUCACCAAGAUGAGUCAGACAAAAAAGAUACAUUAGGUGUAUCAGGGGAUGCCGGGAUAGAAGAGGCAGAGGAUUCUGAUUUCUGGGAGGGAGUAACAAAACCAGGGACUUCAGAAACAACUGCUUCUCAAGAGGAAAGCCAGGCAGCAGAUGAUGUCUCUAACUCACUUACAGACAAUGAAGUCAUAGAUGGUGAUGAAGCAGAAAAAUUCAACUUUAAAAUCAUCACUGACCCAGCAGACCUGAUGAAAUUUGUCCAGCAUCUCAAAGAGAGUAACCGAAAGAGAGCACAAAACCAAGCCAAGAGGGUAAUGCAGAAGCACAGCGAGGAGGAGAGAGAUGAGGAUGAACACCUGCUACAGGAGUUUGAGGAUGAGAUGACCGACCUGUCUGUACCAUCUGAUAAGAUUGGGGAGAUAAAAGAGGAAAUGCAGAAGGAGUUUGACAACAUCAUAAAUGAGGCCCAGCAGGAGUUGGAGACCGAGGGUCUGAAAGGUGAGUUUGAUCGCACUCAAGCAACACAUACACUGGAGACGACCCUGGACAAGCUACUUGACCAUUUGGAGGAGAAAGAUGUCCAAGACCCAGAGGAGCAAACAGAAGGAGUUCAAAGAGCCAGCGACCCAACCAGGGGCAGCCCCAGCCUGGCUCCAAAGCAGCCAGACCAAGCGGCUGACGACCAUGUUAAGAUCAAAAUUACUAAGUAUAAGACGGGCAGCAGCCCAGAUGGGGAGGUCAAAGUUCAGGAGAUGGGCGAAGGAGACCCCCAGUGGCAGCACAUAAAGGACGUGGUUAAAGAACAGCUAGAGAAAGCAGGACUGAAGGCCGAAGGUAAAAUUGAGGUAAAGAUCUUGACACGGAAGAAUGUAGAUGAGGCAGGUGAUCAGUGGCUGAGUGAAGAAGAUACAAAGUCCUUCAGGGAGCUCCUCAUAAACCUCCUGACUGGAGGUACAGAAGAGGUUUACAAGGAGCAAAAGAGGCAGCAGGAGUUGGAGAACAACUAUAGGUUUGUGUGGGGAGAGUCCCAGGAGGAGUCCCAGUCAUCUGGCACAUCUGACUCAGAUGAUGUGGACAUAUGAGCACAUUCAGUGCACCCUUUUUUGAGGGGUGAAUUCCCAUGAAGACCAGCAGGGAGGAAGACACUGAAGUCCAGCUGCACAUUUGAAAAAGAGUCCAUAAGAUUCAGUUAUUGCUGUGAAACCUGGCAGAUAAUAUCAACUCAACAUUCAGAAAGUCUGUCCAUGUGUUUUGAUUAGGCAAUAUGUGUCUUUAGCAGGCACUGUUUAUAUGUUGCACAAUGAAAUGGCAACAUGUCAGCUGCUCUUAUGCAGCCAAACGAAGUUAUGCAUUUCCCCUUUUUGAUGGGAUUCAGUUUUGAUAGAUGACUAGAAUAACCAAGUGAUAUACACUAUGUACAUUUUUAAAAAUAUUUCAGUGAGUUUUACUGAAGAUUUGCAUCUAGUUCUGAAGUUAUCUUCAUCACACUGUGUCCACAGUUAAAUUCCUGCUUACGCUGCUAGAAGUGACACGAGGAGAAUGAGAGUUUCCACAGGCUGACUGAAGAGGUUGGAAGAAUGCAGUGGCACUUGAUGUUUUUCAAAACAGCUUUUGUAAACACAGUAUUGUAACAUUGUUUCACAAAUAUUUUGCAUUCCCUUAGGUUAUUAUUAUAUUAGAGGGAUUUAAAAGAAAAAACCUAAAAGAGUUUAGGAAGAUGAAUCUACUAUAUGUACAUUAUGUGUAUUUUUCUUUUGUUAAUGAAUUUUUUUUUAACCUAUAUUUAAUUUAAUUUACUUGAGAAAGGAAGACUGUCAGUCAGAUUCAGUGAACCAAAACAGUGAAUCCACAAACAACCUUUCCAAGGAUAUUUCAAAGGUGUACUUAAAAGGGCUGAAUUUCUAAAGUUUGUGAAUAAUUGUGGCUACUUGGAACUUAACAUGUGCACAAUUAUUGUGUGAAUAUGUUUUGAAUUGAUUUGUUGUAUAUUAGCUCCACUUGAAUGGGGUUGGAGUUGCCUGAGUAAAUACUGUAGUGAUCCUUCACUUGGCAUGUUAUGAUGUAAUUGUUAUGGUUCCUUGAUGGGUGUGGAGCUUCAGGGGUUAAGAGGUGUGAGAGCGGGAGGGAGAGAAGGGUGGAGGGGAUUUGAGCUACAGAGGGUGUUAGCAGGUUGUUAAUCUUUUUUUCUUGGUGUUGUUGGGCUGUUGUUUUGGCGUGGUUAUGGCCAACAGUAACCGGUUGUGUGGAGUUAAUAAAAAAGCGACUAUUCGCGACUAA